GGCCGUUGAUCGUCGGGAGCAGAACGCGACGGGCGCCGCCAACAGAAAAUGUUCCGAUCCUGCGUGUUACUUCCGGCGUUGAUUUGCACCGCGUGUUUGAUAUUCGGCUGCACUGCCUGCACACCGGAUAUUGGACAGCCGCUGGACUUGAAUCAGUUUUCAGGAAAAUGGUAUCUCGUGGCUGGCACGCCGAUCAACGAAAGCUUAAGCAGAUGUGGACAAUUUUUCGUGAGAAAAAGAUCUUUGAACACGUUCGACAUAAAAUAUACCGCGCAGAGUCACAAGAAUAAUAUUCCUAUCACUUUUAACGUGGAAGGCAUCGUCAGAGGGAACAAAAUCAUUGGCAUUUGGCAGCUGCAAGGGUCGAGGAACAAGUUGGGACCGUUCAGGCACGUGAUAGUGCUCGCGGACUACGGUGCCUUCGUCGCCAUGCUAGUUUGCUCGGAGAGCACCGCGCCUCGCCACCAGGGAUACAAGUUCUCCAUGAUUUGGUCCCGGGAGAGGAGCCUGCCUCCGUCGACCCUGAAGGAGCUUAAGUCCAAACUGGGAGCGUACAUUAAUCAAGGGGAAAUUCGCAUGGUGGAUCAUGGGUACUGCUAAACAAACCAUAAACCUCCAUGCUAGACCGGGUCUUGUGAACGCCCAUCGGUUCACGGCACCGCAACAAAUUCUAUCUGAUAUUAUUUACUUAGCGUGUACCCGUCAACGUUGGUCUACGACAACGUUCGCUUCGCUUUUCCUGUCGGAAUACGGCGACUCGCAUUAAUUUUCGGACAUUUUUUCAAACAGAAUAACUUGUUCAGAGGUGGACGAAAUUACUUGCAUUUUCUUGAGAUCUUUUUAGAGAGACGUGCUUACUAGACAAUGUCUAUAGAAUUGUUGUCAGAUAUUGCAAUUGGUACGAAUGAAAAAAGUAUAAGAAA